UGUCAGCCAGUUAGUUCCUGCCUCCCCACCAGAGGCGCAGCACGCACCAUCUAUCUCCCUGCUGUAAUUAACGAGUGUGCAGGGCGCGAGCUCUAGUUCUUGACCCCGCUUCUUCUACCGACUAAUCUCAAAUAAUCCAGUACUGUAGUCACGAGCACCCUGACCUCCUGAAGUAAUGUAUAUUCACUAGUGGCAGAUAUAUUGCCUUGUAUUAUGUAUACAGGGAUAGAGUUUACCCAGUGGUAAAUAUUACCUGUGUUGAGAUUUGUGACCGAGGUUAGAGUUGCAACGGCCGGUGAGGAUAGAAACCCCCACGACGGAGAUUAGAGGUGCCAUCGACAGGUGUCGAAGGUACUGACCACAAUGAAUCCUCUCCUCCUGCUCUCAGGAAUGCUUUUCUCCUCCUGGCAUCCUGAAAGUAAUAGCAGUCACACAACACUGCUAGAACAGGUGACCUCAGACACGACACAGGACAGAGGUCAACAAGACCUCCAUUUUGUCCACCCUGAAGAGCAGUCCGAACCACCUGGAGGUCACCAAGACGACCCCAGGUUACUAGAGGAAGCCUGGUUGGCAGGCUUACAGGAUUCGGCUGCCAAGAAAAGCUCCUGGUCGAGUUUAAGGGAAAAUUUCGAGGUUGUUGAUAAUUACGUUGACAGUUUUCCCCCGGACCGAGAAGGCGCAUUGACGGUGAGUGGGAGAGACGGAAAUUUCUGGUCUGCUGCCAAUGAAGAUCCCAUAGUGAGAGACGAUGAAAAUAAGGAAGAAGAGGAAGACGAGAAUAUCUUAGGUGACACGGAUUUUGAACACAGCGACGAUGAUCUGACUACUGAUAAGUUUUGGUGGCCGAGUCCUGAGGAUAACGAAGCGAGAGAGAGAGAUCUAGCUACGGCCUUAGAUAGUGGACCAGAAGAGAGCGACAUCCCCGGCGACACAGACCACGUUGAACUCGAGGACACUCAGCCGAAGGUAAACAUCGAAGUGGGGAACACCUCAACGAAGGUAAACGUCAAGAAGACUCAGAACGACCGAUGGGCGGGGGACGCCAAGGAGGAGAGAAGGAGAAAGAGGAAACAGAAACACAGUAAAAUGCUGAAGGAGACUCUCCAGGAGGAACUGAAGAGAAGGAAAAGGUUGAGACGGAUCAAGAACUCCAAAGAGAAAACAUCGCCACCGAAUAUCAUCUUCAUCUUGGCAGAUGAUCUGGGCUACAACGACGUGCCUUGGCAACCCGACAUGAAAGCACCGGAGAUUCUGCGGCUGGCCAGGAAAGGCAUACUGCUGGAGAACCACUAUGUGUUGCCUCUGUGUGCUCCCUCCAGAGCUGCUCUCCUCACAGGCCUGUACCCCUUCAGAUACGGCAAACAGGCGUCGGCUACUCCACUGAGUCCUACUGGCCUCAACACCUCCCUCACGCUCCUUCCUCAGCGUCUCAAGACUCUGGGAUACAAGACUCACCUUAUCGGCAAGUGGCACUUGGGUUACUGCAGUUGGUCCUACACGCCCACACACCGUGGGUUCGACUCCUUCUACGGGUACUACCUGGGGAGUCAGACCUACUUCACUCGCUACAAGAAACUCUUUCCCAAAAAAGGUUCGCCCUUCUGGUCGGAGCAGAACGAAGUCGUGAGCGACCUCGAUCCCCUCGACGACAUGCAGUCAGUCCCAAGCAGCAGCAGCCUGCUGAAGCUUCAGCACCAGCUGUCAGAGGAAGGGGCGGGACACGAUCCUCCUGGGGGAAGGGGUGGACAGGAAUGGCUUACACCUGAACAUAUGGAAGACGGUGGCUAUGACUUCCGCUUCAACCAGCAGCCUAUAAACAACGUGUCUGAAAUCUAUUCAAAUGAUCUUUACGCCGCUCGUGCAGAAGAAGUCAUCAAAGAGCAUGUCUCGAGGUCCCCCAGUGACCCACUCUUCCUCCUGCUGUCACUGCAGGCAGUUCAUGGCCCUGUCGAGGUGCCCCUCAGAUACAGGCGAAUGCACAGGGGCAUCAUGAACCUCGACAGGAGAACUUUCCACGGGAUGGUCACUGCUAUGGAUGAAGUUGUGGGUCGUGUGGUGAGGCAGCUCAAGAAGUCAGGACUCUACGAUAACUCGCUUAUCGUCUUCACCAGUGAUAACGGGGGGAACGUCCGAGCAGGGGGAAACAACUUCCCUCUACGAGGCAACAAGGGGAGUAUGUUUGAAGGGGGAGUGAGGGGUGUCGCCUUCAUCCAUUCCCCUCUCCUUCCUCGCACCGGCUACAAGUAUACCGGACUGAUGCACAUGGUGGACUGGCAUGACACGCUGAUGCACGUGGCUAGUGGAGACAUCUUCAAUAAACACCAACAGGGUCAAAGGGAGCAUCUGUCCUCACGGUCGGAGGAUCACUUUCCCAUGAGGACGAACCCGACAGCAGCCGGCGAGGAGGAAGAGGAGGAAGAGGAGGAGGAGGCAGCGGAGGGAGAGGAGGUUGAAGAGGUGGGAGAAUGGGAAGGGGAUGGGAUGAACAUGUGGUCAGCCAUACUGAAGAAUGGAAAGUCGCCCAGGAUCUCCUUUGUGUAUAAUCUGAGGAAACGCCCUCUCAGAGGUGCAAUCAGACACAAGAACUGGAAGUUAGUAGUGGGCGGGGGUGGGCGGUAUGACGGGUGGGUGCCGCCCACAGACGUCUCGGGUGCCAACACACGCUGUUGUUCCAGUUGGCACGCCCGCACGCCCACACACAACCUCAUGCUUUACAACCUCAAAGAUGAUCCCCUGGAGACUACUGAUGUGGCUGACCUUCGUCCUGACAUGGUAGCAACCUUGAAGGCUCGACUUCGGGACUAUGCUCUUCAGAGCCGCGAGCCCCAUAGCCCUCGCGACGACCCCAGGGGACACCCCAGCCUCCACGGGGGGUUCUUCUCCCCUGGCUGGUGCCAACCCUUAGUGUGAGCACUGAAGACAGCUGGGGAUGUCUCUCCUGGGAUUCAUCAUCCUCCUCCCCCAAGGAACUACGAUAGGUCCAUCUCCGGAUUCGCCUGGUUCGUCUUGUAAAAAUCUCCUUAAAUGCGGUAUGGAGACCUCGGAAAGUUCUAUGUCUUCACUAGGAAAUUCUCUUUAGCCAUCGCUUAAGGAACCAACAGGAGAAGAUCAGAAAUUUUCCACAAACGUCCUUAGUUUCCAGUGAAGACUCUUAUCAUUAGAAUGACACCAAUUCUUUGUGUGAAACAGCAGCGGAUGAUCAGGAAAACUUAAAGAAGAGGCCAGUACUUAGGCAUAAGUCAUUAGUUUGUAAAAGAGAAGGACCGUCAUAGAGGCUUCAAGUAGGUCUGUUGUAUGAGCGUAGUUCGUGCAUAUAUUUAUUAUAACUGUGUGACUUUAGCUUAUUUUAGGUGUGUGAUUUUAGUUACGUGACUGAGCCUUUUCAAUAGUCCUAUAAUAAUCCUUCUGA